UGAGAUGUCGAAGAAAAGUUGCAGCUGAUUUAGUACUUUUUAUCCAUUGAUUACCGCAUCAAUUGCUCUGAAAUAGACUUCGUUCUUUUUUUUCUCGAGAAAGAGAGUCUAACGUCACUCUCGGGUUCGACUGUUCGCUUCGAAUAUCCCGUUGGCAGCGCGCUGCUUGAAAUAUCUUAGUCUGGGCUUGCUAGGCAUAGUGCCCAUUGACGUACUCGCACUUUGAUAACAGAUCAGUGAACAGUCGAGACGUUUGAUCUUUUGUACCGAGAGAAGAUCGACAUAACGUUAAAUCGAGAGAGAGAGACUCUCGAAAUAAUUUUAAUAACGCGUCGCGUAGUGAUGCCGUUUUGAUGCAGCACUUUUUGCGUUGUGUGUGAAAGGCAACGCGAUAAUUGGUGUGCUUAUUACUUAAUUAAACAUUAAGUAAAACAUCAUUGCGCUUCUGAAGAACGAAAAAUUCGUUGAGUUUUUUCGACGAUGGGUCGCAGGAAAAAGAAUUCAAGAAAGACUUUAAGCGUAGGUCAAAAAAGUAGCGAGAAAAUAGUAUCGGAAAAUUCGAAGUUCGACAAAAAAGAGACGACGCGACAGGAAGAAGAAUAUUUUGCCGUCCCCGAAGCAACAAUCGAUGCAUAUUCGCGUUUGAAACUACCACUCGUGCAGCCGAUGCAGCAUUGCCAAACAAUAUCAAGCGAUAGUGACGAAGAAGAAGACACCAUUGAGCUGAAUUUCUGUCCGCGGUUUGUCUUCGUGUCGAGCUUGUGUCUGAUCUGCAUGGAACGGUCCGAGAAAAUCUGCGAAUCUUGCGGUAUGGUCUCUUACUGCGGCGACCGACACAGGGAGCUGGACUGGCUGAAGCAUCGUGAUCUGUGCGCAGUUCUCAGCAAAGUUUGCACAACCGGUGAAGGUUUGUCGCUACUGCCGGAACUCAGUGCGGAUGAGUAUCGCGUUUACCGGCUGAAGCUGAUCGAGAUCGUGGCGCACCGCUUAGCCAGACCCCUCGAACUCUGGGAAAGAGAGAUCCUCCUUUAUCCUCGCAUUUGUCGCGGCUGCCGACGCUUCUCGAAGAUGCUGAGAUGCUGCGAAGCGUGCGGAGUCGAAUUGUUCUGCGAAGAUCAUGACCACGGGCACGAGAAGUGGUGUCGGGAGUUUCAGGUAUUUCGAAGGGUCUUAUUUUUGCAGCACGGAAACGGUCACGUGAAUCCCGAGCUGCCGAACGCUUCGUCUCAGAAGAAUCCGCUCCGUCUGCCGAACAAUUUCGACUCGCUAAUGGCAUGGCUCUAUCACCAUUCCACGUAUUACUGCGAUAUGGAUUGCUACACGUACUGCAGCCUCUCUCACGUGUCGACCGUUCCGCUGACGACCCUUUACUCCAUACAAGUCUCUUGCCAGGAUUGGGAAGUCGCCGAUACUCUUGUCGUCCACGUGAUAGGCGCCGAGUUCCAGUUCGAGUGCACGAAUCUGCACGCAUGGGAGAAACUCUUCCUGCACCUGCUUCCGACUCUGAAGCACCUUCAAUUGAUGUUCAUCGGUCCGGAGCUGAGACUGCCAACGGUGCCGUUGGAUCUGCUGGCCACCGUAAAGAUCUGUUCGGCUUGCAAGUUAUCUGGUCGACGCGUGAACGUCUCAUUUCACCCUGGAAAAUUUUAUCACGAUUUCUGUCGCUCUAAACAAUUCGUAAAACCGCAUCUCGUGUGCCUCUUCAAUCCGGGUCUCUAUCGAGAGACCGGCUUCGACGGUAGAGACACGUGGCCGGAGACGAUAAGGGAAUUCUGCAAAGCGAGAGUUCCCGUUUGCGUGACGUCCUACACGAAACACGAAAUACCACGGGAAAUGAUCAGGAUAAAAUCGAUUGCUGACGUAGAGACGAUUCUGGAGCCACAGAGAAAUCCAUUUGCCUCGAUCAAGCCCGACAGAAACUUUGUCAGUGACGAUACGGCGCCACUCAUCUAUAAAAAUUAUUAUAUCGCCAUCAUUAAAGGAAAAUCGUAAACGCAAUCGAGAGAGACGCUUUCAUUUUGCAUUUAAUUAUGCAUAAGUAUCUUCCUCGAGUAUUUAAGUGUAUUUAUUUUUCUAGCACCGCUUCUAUCUUGUAUGCAAAUGUUUUCGAAUUAGAUUAGACUAAGUUAUUUGUUGUUAUUUAUAUGUAUAUUAUUAUGACGAGACUUAUGAACGAUAAAAUGAGGAACUUUAUUUCAAUCACGUUUGUGUUGUAAUUUAUAUAUUCGUAGUCAAACUAUGUAAGCAAAAUAUUACAUUAUUAUUGGUAACGAAGUAUAUAAUGAUAUAAUGUUCUAGUAUGUACAUUCGCAUCCGUUUAUGUAUAAGUAACUCUGUCAAAGUACAUAAAAGUAUACUUAUAUGUCCUAUGUUUCAAGGAACAGUGUAAUUUUCCAUAUUUUAUGUCGUUUCUAUUUUUCAUAAUUGUGUUGAAUAUUUUAUGCUGUUUGCUACAUAAAAGAUACUACACAACAAAUUAUUCAUGAUAAUUAAAAGGCAGUCUCAAAAAGUACUUGCAUUCGAAAUGUGUGUAGUACAGAUGUGCAAUUAAAAUGUUUUCCUGUCGUAAUAUCAAAAUACUGUACUAAAGACGCAUUUUAAUGAAUAAUGCCAAAUUUCUCUGUACUUCAAAUAUAAUCAUUGUUGCUACCA